AUGCAAAUCUCAUUCAUUCUGAAUAUGAUGAUAUCAGUGAUUCUAUCUGCAGCAUACACUGAUUCAUUCUCACGUUAUUGUGAAGAAUGUGGUAAAGAUAAUAGUCAUACUACAAAAAGGACUUGUAGUACCUGUCAACUUGUAAUCAAUAGUUGUAGGACAUGCUUUCGCCUGAAUAAAGCGUGCCUCAAUUGCGUGAUAAAAUCACAAAAUGUGUCCAAUACCAAGGCAGACGAAGAAGAAGAGGAAGAGGAAGAUAUGGAGUGUAGUGGACUAACAAGUGUUGAACCAGAAAACAAUCAAGGCACAAAAAGGCCAUUUGAAGAUGAUUCAUCGGAUGAACAGCACAAAAGAACCAGGUGUGAACAACCCAUGGAUGAUUAA